CCGAACGUGACGUACAUGGAACUGAAACUCAAGCCACCCACCGAACCUCGCAUCCAAACAGGCGAUCUGACAUCUACCUACUCGGAACUCAAAUUUGGGAAACCGGGCCCCUCUGUCGACGAGGGAUCCCCCGUUUCCUCGGGAGGCGGGGACUGGCCAGUUUCUGCCAGGACAGGCCCACAGACGGAGGAACCGGAAAAGAAGGUCGGAAGGAGAUUGAGCCCAAAGAUUUCCCUUGGAUGUCUGGUUAUGUUCGUCUUCAUCGCGACAGUCGCCGGCCUCACGGUCUAUGUGUUUCAGACUCAUCACUCUCUGAUCAGCUGUGAGCGAAACUAUCUGAGUCGUUUGGAACAACGUCAGGAGGAGAACAGAACCCAGCUGCAGGUCCAGGAGUUGAACGCGACCCAGAUCGCCUGUCUCAAGAAUCUUUCUGCGGCCAACUCUAAUCUGUCCGUUUCUGCACGAAUGCACCGCGAUCUCGGUCAACAGUUCAGAGAGCUGGAAAAAAAGUACAGAUCUGUCAACGAAACCAAGGCUCGAAUCUGUGAAUUGUUGACCAGCAGAAGAGAACUCAAGUGUUGCGAGGGAUGGAUCUACACAAAUGGCGCUUGUUAUUUCAUAUCAAAAGUGGCAAAAUCUCAAGAUGAGGCGAAGGACGAAUGUUCAAAGAAUGGUUCAAAGCUGCUUGAAUUUAGCUCAGAAGAGAAUUUUCUAUUCAAUGCUCUCAAUGGAAGCGGAUAUUACUGGGUUGAAAACUGCGGAGACAGUCUGCCAGCAGGAAACAAUGUGGUGCACAAAACGGGAAAAGGAGAGUGCAAGAGCUGUCCGUCCGACCUUCCCGGUGUUGAUUGCCCUGGAGAGAAUUAUUUCAUCUGCAAGACGUCUGCGAUUUCGGUUAUUCCAAGAAAGGCCUGGGAACUCUGUCAAAAAUCGCCAGGCCCGAUUUAGAUUCUGUCCCUCUCCCCCCCCCACCUAUCUUCUCUUUCCCCUUUCCCCGACCCUCCCCGACUCUCCUCCUCUAUCCCCUCCCUCUGCCCCUCUUUCUAUCUCCACCUCUCUCCCCCUUCCUUCUCUCCCUUCCACUCACUCUCCCGCCCCUCCCCCUCGCUGCCUCUCUUUCCCCUACAUCAACUCUUCUCUGCUCCCUCCCCGUCUCCCCCUCUUUUCCGUCUUUCAUCCCCUCUCCUUGCCUCUAUCCCCUCCCUCUUGUCUCUCACCCCUUCUCACUCCCUCUCUCAACUCCAGUCUCCCACCUCUCCGUACCUCGCCUCUUUCUUUCCCCUCUCUCCACCUCUACCCCAUCUCUCACUUACUCUUCCGCUUCCCUUUAUCUUUGCCCGACGACCCCUCUCCCCCUCUCUCUCCCUCCCUGUCUUUCCCACUCCUUCUCAUAGAAACAUAGAAAACCAACAGCACAAAACCUACCCACACAUUUGCGCCAAACACGUCUCUACCUUCGAGAUUAGCCACAGCCCUUUAUUAUUCUAAGCUCCAUGCACCCAUCCAAAAGUCCCGUAAAAGACCCCAUCGUGUCCGCCUCCACCACCGCUCCCGGCAGCCCAUUCCAACCGCUCGCCACUCUCCGAGUAAAAAACUUACCCCUGACAUCUCCUCUGUUCCUACUCCCCAGCACCUUAAACCCGUGUCCUCUUGUGGCAACCAUUUCAGCCCCGGGGAAAAAGCCUCUGACUAUCCACACAUUCAAUGCCUCUCAUCAUCUUGUACACCUCUAUCGGGUCACCUCUCAUCCUCCGUCACUCCGAGGAGAAAAGGCCGAGUUCACUCAACCUAUUCUCAUAAGGCAUGCUCCCCAAUCCAGGCAACAUCCUUGUAAAUCUCCUCUGCACCCUUUCAAUGGCUUCCACGUCCUUCCUGUAGUGAGGCGACCAGAACUGAGCAAGUGGGGACUGACAGGGGUCCUUUAGAGUUACAACUCACCCACUCUCUCCCCCCCCUCACUGCUUCUCCCUCUUCCUCCUUCUCCUUCUACCCUAUUUCAUCCCCUCUCCGUUUCUUUCCUUUACCUCUUGUCUCUUCCCCCUCACUCCCUCUCCAAAACUCCCACUCCUCCCUGCCUCGCUCCACUCUCUACCCUCUCUCUAAAAAACUCUCAGCACGCCUACACCCUCUCUCACUUACCCUCCCCUUCCCUCUAUCCUCCCCACUCUCCACACCUCCCCUCCCUCUUUCCCCGUGCUCUCCUAUCCUCUAUCCACCUCUCUCCCUUCUGCUCCUGCCCUUCUCUCUCCCCCCUGACUCUCCCCCUCUUUAUCUCCCACCUCCUCUCCCCCACCCUUUGCCCCAUAUGGUAAUUUCUGGCUUGCUGUCUGUGCCCCCUAGCGGCGGGGGGGAAGAAUUGGACGAGUGACCCGAGAAUAGCGCGGCCGAGCAACUGGUGCACGGGCCUGGAUUCAGUGGUGAUCAAUAAACCAAUUGCUUGGAAUCAGAUGACCUGGCCCUGGUGUCUCAGUGCUGGGGGUGUCGCCCGCCUCACCUCGGCAUUCCCUUCUCCGCCCCUUGAUUCACUCCCCUUCCCGCGGCGCUCCACCCCUCGCCACUCCCAGCAUCCUUUCUCCUGCCAGACUGACAAGCCCGCUCUCCGCUCCGCGCUGACGAACACAGUCCCGCGCGAAAGUCUUCAGCCGAUAUGUACUGGAUGUGUCCAGGACCUUUGAAAAUGACCGCGUGCAAGGUUUGCUUCUCGCUGACACAAUAGACAAUAGACAAUAGCGGCAACGAGUAGGCCCUUCGGCCCUUCGAACCAGCACCGCCAUUCACUGUGAUCAUGGCUGAUCACCCACAAUCAGUACCCCGUUCCUGCCCUCUCCCCAUUAUCCCUUGACUCCGCUAUUUAUAAGAGCUCUAUCUAACUCUCUCUUGAAAGCAUCCAGAGAAUUGGCCUCCAUUGCCUUCUGGGGCAGAGCAUUCCACAGAUCCACAACUCUCUGGGUGAAAAAGUUUUCCCGCAUCUCAGUUCUAAAUGGCCCCGCCCCUUAUUCUCAAACUGUGGCCUCUGGUUCUGGACUCCCCCCAACAUCGGGAACAUGUUUCCUGCCUCCAGUGUGUCCAAUCCCUUAAUAAUCUUAUAUGAUUCAAUCAGAUCCCCUCUCAUCCUUCUAAAUUCCAGUGUAUACAAGCCCAGUUGCUCCAAUCUUUCAACAUCUGACAGUCCCGCCAUCCCGGGAAUUAACCUCGUGAAUCUACGCUGCACUCCCUCAAUAGCAAUCUGCAUGGGAAGCUUUUUAGCUCCGUUUACAGGGGACAAAGCAAGUUGAAAGCGCAUUUUCGAACGUAGACCAGAUACUCCGGGGGAAAAAAGCGUGAGGAGGUGAUAGAUGGGACAGAAAGAUAGAAACAUGGAAAACCAACAGGACAAUACCCAUAGCCCUCUGUUUUACUAAGCUCCAUGUACCUAUCCAGGAGUCUCUGAAAAGACCCCAUCGUAUCUGUCUCCACCACCGUUGCCGGCAGCCCAUUUCUACUCACUCACUACUCUCUGAGUAAAAAACUUACCCUUGACAUCUCCUCUGUACCUACUCCCCAGCACCUUAAACCCGUGUCCUCUCGUGGCAACCAUUUCAGCUCUGGGGAAAUGGCCUCUGACUAUCCACACGAUCAAUGCCUCUCAUCGUCCUGUACACCUCUAUCAGGUCACCUCUCAUCCUCCGUCGCUCCAGGGAGAAAAUGCCGAGUUCACUCAACCUAUUCUCACAAGGCAUGCUCCCCAAUCCAGGUAACGUCGUUGUAAAUCUCCUCUGCACCCUUUCUAUGGCUUCCACGUCCUUCCUGUAGUGAGGCGACCAGAACUGAGCACAGUACUCUAAGCGGGGUCUGACUAGGGUCCUAUAUAGCUGCAAUAUCAGCUCUCGGCUCCUAAACUCAGUCCCAUGAUUGAUGAAGGCCAAUACACUACACGCCUUCUACAAUAGGCCGCGAACUUAUCAAUCACAAUACAAAAAUGUUGGAGGGGGUUAUGUUGAAAAAUAAAUGGGCUAGAUUCCCGAAAAUUGAC